CUUGGAGAACUCCUUUCAGCAUUUUUUGUAAGGCAGGUGUGGUGGUGAUGAACUCCAGCUUUUGUUUGCCUGGGAGCAUCUUAAUCUUUCUUUCAUUUCUGAAGGACAGCUUUGCCAGUGUGCUGGAACUUCUCUGCUGGACUCUGCAGUUGCACAAAAGCACUCUUCUCGGAAGCAGGAUGUCAAUGCCUCUGGGAAAACAGGUCUUUUUUACCGGCGUGGUGGCUAGCGGGGGCUGCGCCCUUUUGUACUACCUGAUGCAGAAAACUUUUUCCAGGGCUUCCUAUUACCAGUUGGCGUUGGAGCAUCUGCACAGCCACCCCGAGGCACUGGAAGCUCUGGGCACUCCUCUCAACGUUCACUAUCUCCGACUCACUGACAAGUACAACUUCGUGGACAUUGCCGAUGCAAAGUUGAAGAUUCCUGUCUCUGGACCCAAGUCAGAGGGCCAUCUCUAUGUCAGCUCAUCCAGAGAUGCCCCCUUUAAGAGAGACUAUACUUGUGGUUUCUCUCAGUUGGAACCUUCAGGAGGUCUUCUUAGAGCUCAAGGAUGGCCAGCAGAUUCCCCUGUUCAAGCCCAGUGGGGAGAAGAGCAACGAGCUGAAAACGGAGUGAAGGUAUCAAAGACCAGCCCCUCCGAGCCUGGCCUCCCUCCUCACCAUGUGCGCCCCCGUGGCUGUAGGCCAGCCCCCAGGUCGGGCUGGCUGCACGUGUGGGCAUACAGUGAUCUCAGGAUCAUUCUAAUUUGACCACAGUGACCCCUGCUGAAGUUUUAAAUUUCAUCAGAACGUUACUAUAAUUUAUAAGAAUUUGAAAGUUCUCUGUAUAGAAGCAAAGCACAGAAUAAAAGGAAUCAGUAUGAAUAAUGUUGAUUUCUCAUCUUUUCCCCCCUACCCCAGUUUUCAGCCCUAUCAAUCAAUGAGAAGGUUUUCUAGUACCAAAAAGGUUUUUAAUUUAAUUAAUUGUUAACCUCAGAAUGCCGAGGGAGAACAAGCACUUCGGUUUGGUCGCUCUAUGUUAAGUAGCUUGUGGAUGUAUCUAAGCACUUGGAAAUGUUGUUUUUGUUUGUCACCAACUGUCUGCCUGACUGAAGAUUUACAAAAUAACUGCUUUAAUCCAAACAUUUUGAAAGCUUAAAAUAUUUAUAUGUACAAAAGCCCAUGUGAAACAUAGGAAAGUUAAAGCUAACAGACCCUUACGCAUCUUCUUUCCACACAACUUAACCACAUAGUAGAGAAUCUUCCCUGUAGGUUUUAUUAGUCUUGCAAGGGGACAAAGAUCUUCCUUCCCUCUGAGAACCAGCGCCUACAAAACCCAGAAAUCUGCCACCUUUGCUUCAAAAAGGCCAGUUUAACCCCCUCAGUAUUACUAACUAGGCUUAAUGCAGUUGUAAUAAAGGACAUUCAUGAGCUCCUUUACUGUAUUCUUAAUAAAUAUUCAUUGGAGGGGAGCCUCUCAGAAAAGAUUAAGCUUAAACAUGCCGGUAUAGAGUACAAGGCCUUUCAUCGUUAGAAGUUACUUCUGUUCUGUAAUUUCUUUCUUUAAAAAAUAUGCUCUUUGAAUAGAUCGUGAAGUGAAAAAGUCUUUCUUUCCCUGAGAGCUUUUGUUGGUAAAUAUUACGAGCUGUUGUCUUUUUUGUGCUGCUUUAUUCUUUAACCAUUAUGUACCGUUCUGUUGUGUACACGUCACUUUAUAUAGUGCCUCAUACCUGACUGUUCUGUAACAGCUUUUACUUAC